CCGGGAGCGGGGCGGAGCGCGGGCUGGGAGGCCCAGGAUGGCGGAGAGACCGGAGGACCUGAACCUGCCCAACGCCGUCAUCACCCGCAUCAUCAAGGAGGCGCUUCCUGAUGGAGUCAAUAUUUCCAAAGAAGCCCGGAGCGCGAUCUCCCGAGCAGCGAGCGUGUUUGUGCUGUAUGCAACAUCAUGUGCAAAUAACUUUGCCAUGAAGGGGAAGAGGAAAACCCUGAAUGCUGGGGACGUGCUCUCUGCCAUGGAGGAGAUGGAGUUCCAGAGAUUCGUGGCCCCUCUGAAGGAAUCCCUGGAAGUUUACAGGCGUGAGCAGAAAGGAAAGAAAGAGGCCAGGAAAGAUAAAGACAAGAAGGCGGACUCGGAGGAGCAAGAUAAGAGCCGAGAGGAGGACAAUGAUGACGAUGAUGAAAGGAUGGAAGAGGAAGAACAAAAUGAUGAGGAUGAGGUGGACAACUGAGCUGGCUCCUGGGCAGGGGCUGGGGUGUGCUCAGAGGGGUAUAAACGCUGUAAAUCAACCUUGCUGUGUCCCCUCAUGUUUCCAUUGGAGCUUUGUGCUGCCCCUCUGUGGCCUGUCCCUUCUGGCCUGUCAUUUGUACAUAAAGGACUCGUGCUGAAGCUUUUCCUGUGGAGGGUGGCUUCUCCCUGUGCCUGGGGGGCUUUGGGCAGGCACUGCCUGGGCUUUCAAUGCUGGGCUGGCUCUGAAAGAGAGGAAAAAAGAACUGGUGGGUGCACUAUGCAGAAACUGGUCAGGAGAACAUGAGACUGUUGAAUAUGAGGGGCUGAAUGCAGUAGAUGAUUCACAGAUCACUUCUGGGGUGUAGAAUGUAGGGGAUGAUGUCCAGAGGUGUGGAAGGUGUACAUUGCAGCUUUUGAUCCAAGUGAGUUGUUUUUUUCCCUUUGUUUCUUUGCAUCCUGGCUGUGCCUUCUCUCCCUGCUGUUCUGUGGGGGUGAUGCUGUGUCCAGCAGCAGCACUGUACAGGGACCCUGAGCUCACUGACUCACCCAAACUAACCCAAACCCGAAAAACACGCAGUGCUGAGGGUGUAAACUGUACACUGAAAGUGUCUUUGAGAGCCCUGAGAGACAAAGAGGAGAUUGAUUUAAAAUCUGAAGCACAAUGAGGGGCUGGAAAGAGGAGCAGGGCUGAAAGCAGGUGGCUUUGUGCAGUGCUGGGGGUGUGACAGGUCCCGGGUGGCACUGGGGUCUGCUGGUCUCGCCUGUCCCCAUGAGCAGCAGCUCCUGCAGCAAGCUGAGCUGUGGUAGAACAGGGUGGUGAAUCUUGUUUUUUCCCCCUUUUCCCAACUGGAAUGAGCUAAUUCCAGCCAAGGUCCUUCUGUAGCCUUCACUGGUCAUUCCAGGGACACAGAUGCCUCUGGGAGAGCAGGGGUGCCCACCCAGGGAGCCCAUGUGGUUUCAAAAAAGGCUCCUGCAAGAAAGAAGGGUUGACAGAAGCUGUUGGUGUCCCUUGUGCUAGUGUAGGUCUGUACUUUUCCACUUGGACCCGUAGUUAUGGUGCCUUUCUCCCUCAGCAAGUUUUAGGUGCAUUUAAACCCCCCCAGUUUUGAUGAUGUGCAGUUUUAGAAUAGCACUUGUGAGGAAUCCUGGAUCCUUUCCACCAAUAAAUGGUGGCAGCUACCCACAGGAGCCACCCUGCCUUGCUGCUUUUCUGGCACGCUGGAUUUUCACACACACACAAGCCCAGCUUCUGAAAAGAACUGAACCAACACAGAUUUUCUGCUGUCUAGUUUCUGCUGGUGUUCAGUCAGGCUGUGGAAAUCCUGAGCUGAUGAUGUGUUCCAAAUACCUCUGAUCCAAACACCCCCCUUCCAGCUCUUUUCCUCUCUUUUUUUUUUUUUCUCUUCAGCACAUAUCUGGGGUGCAUAUUCCAGAAGGGAACAAGAUUUAAAUAAAAGCCAGAUUUUUUUUUACAGAAA